AUGGGCAGCUACGCUGAGGAACCGGAGUUCAAAACCAUCACCAUCCAAAAGCUUCAUCCUACGUUUGCAGCUGAGGUCGAGGGCGUCGAUUUCCAAAAUUUAUCCGAUGAACAAUUCGCCGAGAUCCUCGCCGCAAUGGCGAAGUAUGGUGUCUGUAUGUUCCGCAACACUGGCCUAGAAGAUGCUAGCCACAUUGAGUUCUCUAGACGUAUUGGUGAUCUUGACACCAUGAAACGUUAUAUGGUCGAUGGCCGGCGGCCAAGAUAUGGCUUCUACGAAUUGUUCGACGCCGGGAAUAUCGAUGAUCAAGGUGGUGUUCUGGACCCCAACAGCCCAAGAGCACACUAUGGCAAGGGUAAUGCCCUCUUCCAUGUCGACUCCUCCUUCAACCCUCGGCGCGCAAGUUUCUCUCUACUUCGUGCGGUUGAAAUUCCUCCGCCAGGAAACGGCGGGAACACUGACUUCGCUGACUCACGCACCGCUUGGGACGAGCUGGACCCGGAACUUCAGAAGGCACUCCUGGAGAAAGACUAUAUUGUUCAUCAUUCGAUCGCGCAAUCCCGCAAGUUAGGAUCUCCAGAAUUCUUUAAAGACCUUGAUCCGACCAAUGGCGGUGUUAUGGCUCGGCAUCGACUCAUCCAGGUCCACGAGCCCAGUGGACGCAGGAAUAUCUACAUCGCCGCACACUCCCAUCAUAUAGAAGACAUUCCCAAGGAGGAGUCCGACGCCCUGAUCAAGAAACUCAUCGAGCACGUCACCCAGAAGAAGUACACCGUUAGCGUCGAAUGGAAGAACCCAUCGGACAUGAUUAUCUGGGACAACCGGUGCACGCUCCACAGAGCUAAUGGCGGAGCCUUCGAGGGAAAAUACAAGCGAGAUCUAAGAAGAACGACAGUGCACGACGACAGCAGCACCGCUUGGGGACUGAACGAGGUCGCAGAUACGGAGAACUGGGUUGUGAACCACGCUGCCACUCGGGCCGCUGGGCAGACAAAAUAA